UGACAAGUUGAGUGUUGACAUUUGGUUUACAUUUCUAGCACCAACGUCACUGUAUUUCGUUAAUACUUUGACCGCUUUGACGUUUUCCAUUUUUUGUUUUCUUUUGUUAAAAAACUCUCAUCGGCAUUACACGUUUCGUGUCAUAAGACUUAAAAAUGCGUUACGUGGCCGCGUAUUUGUUAGCUGUUUUGGGCGGGAAAGCGGCCCCAGCUGCUGCAGACAUUGAAAAGAUCUUAAGCUCUGUUGGUAUUGAGGCUGAUUCGGAGAAACUAAAAAAGGUUAUAUCUGAACUCAAUGGCAAGAGCGUUGAAGAAUUAAUGGCUGAGGGCCGAGAGAAGCUGUCCUCAAUGCCAGCAGGAGGUGCCGCUGCACCGGCUGCUGCCUCAGCAGCACCAGCAGCAGCUGCGGCUGAAGAUAAGAAAGAGGAGAAGGAGGCGAAGAAAGAAGAGUCUGAGUCUGAUGAUGAGGACAUGGGCUUCGGUCUCUUUGAUUAAACUCAUCUUUAUGAUGGCGCGAACUACGCGGUUUUAUAUUCCAAUAUUUGGUUUAAGUGUAACUGUGUAGCUAUGUUUCUAUGAAAUAUAGUUUUCCAACAAAAA